AUGUACCGCUCUGUGUUGCAUUUCACUUUUUCUUGGAUACCUCUCCUUGGUACUUAUGUAGUUUACUUGAUGAGUGCCCCGGGAGCACCGAAGAAAUCCCGACGUUUGCAGGAAUACGCAUCAGCUCCGGCUCAGGUUGCUGAUGACGAGAACAUCGAACCAGUGAAUGUAUUCUGUGUAGAGCCUAACGAUAGCAGUAUUACCAGUGAUGAAGUAGAAUAUUUCCGGGAAACGUUCCGGAUUAUGAACGAACAUGGUGUAGGGGCUAUAUGGAUGUCAGAAGAAAAAGCAUUGGCGGUGACAUUGAGUGAUGAAAGUUUCUAUUUCCUCGCUGCUUUUCGUGGUCUUGUAUUUGAACAUCUGAAGAAGCUUAAAGUGAACCUAUAUGGUGUUCAUGUCGUUCGACAAACAUUGAACAAUGGUGGCUCUCUACCUCGAUGGGAUUUUCCUGUUUUUUCGCUAAAUCUUACAGGAGCAUGCGUUUGCUUCACCGGACUCAGUUUGGAGAAACGAGAUGAGCUCAAAGCCAAGAUCAACUACAUGAAUGGUAUUGUGUCUCCAGGAUUGACUGAAAAAGUCACUCAUCUAGUCACAGAGUGCUGUGAUACUCAAUCGAAGAAAUAUACGGAAGCUCGAAGGAUGUGCUUACCUAUCAUGUCUCCGAUAUGGAUAGAAAAGGCAUGGGAAGCUGCUCAAAUGUUCUCUUCUGAUAUGUUCUCUUCUAAAGAACUGACACAGCAAUAUCGUAUACCUAUUUUUAACAAGAUGGUUAUCACUGCGACAGGUAUAGGAGGAGACGAGCGUAUGGACAUCGCACGCCUUAUCGAACUGAAUGGAGGACGUUUCUCAGGUGACAUGAAAAGAAAUGAGUGCACUCAUCUGAUCGCAGACCAAACUAAGGGAACGAAGUAUAAAAAGGCACGUGAAUGGGGUUCCGUCAGAAUAGUUCGUGCGUCCUGGUUAAGGAAAUCAGUUCAAGCUGGAUACGUUCUUCCUGAGAGUGCGUUUGAUCCCGAGAAACGUAAUCGAUGCAGCACUCCUGUUUUGGCUUCACGGGCUCCAGAACCUGAAGAAUUGGAUUUCAGCGUUAUUCAAGGCAAAGGAGGACGCCUGGAUAGUUCAACAUUCAACACACAGAUAUCCAAACUUGUCGAAGAACCGGAACCGGAACCUGAAAGAACUCCACUCUCACUUGUUCGGCCCAACUUCCGCCGAGAAGGAAGUCGUCAUCGUCUGGCGCCUUCAACACCAACUGUCUAUGAUCCAAUUGACCAAUUAGCAGAGUCUUGUCUCAAAGGGGAUUUCGACUUUUUGGAAGGUUGUCGAAUAUGGGUGUUUGGUGCAGAUCAGUCGCGUGUGGAUAGGUGGAAGAAACUGCUGGAUUGGAGUGGUGCUACCCGUGUGGGAACAAUCGAAGCUGCCAGCCAUAUCGUGGUGGUAAAUGCAACGCUCAGUGAUCGUAAUAAACUGAUUGAAUCAAAAUCUCGUGGGGCACAAGUUGUGCGCGCCGAGUGGGUAAUGGCUUGUUGUAAGGAAAAAGAUAUGGUUAGAGCUGAAGAGUAUGUUUGGGAUCCAGAUGAAACCAUCCUCCGUACCGGCUCGAGACAACCAAGUCAUAUGUCCGAAGAUGUAGAAACACCCAGGCGCUCUGACCGGGACAUAUCUUCACGACCUGAUGGAACUGGUACGACCAACAGUAAGGAGCUGCGUGCUUCCGAAUGUUUAAACAUAGCUCCUUUGUGCAAUCUAUCUGACAAUCCAGAUGUUUCAAUCUUGUUCCGAGCUCUGAAAUUUCGGCUGCAUGGCUUACCCUCUGAUGUUGGUGCGCAAACGAUCAAAGAUAUUCGUUCUGCCGGAGGUUUGGUUGUGCCGAUUUCUGAUGGAUCCACUCACGUUGAUUAUCUUGUCAGCGAUCAAGUUGAAUGUGGACGUCUUCCGUCAUGUGAGAGCUAUAGUGAAGCGGUGACGGUAUAUUGGAUGAAAAGUUGUCUUGUCAACUGCCGUCUUUUGAAAGCGUCUAGUCACCCUCUUUAUCGUCCGAUUCCUGCAGUAGAAGAAAGUACUGUGUUCUCGAAUACGGUAGUAAUGGUCAGUUGUUUCAGCGACUACGAGAAGAUGACCCUCGUUGGUCUUGUUAAAAGAUUCGGCGGACGAGUGCAAGAAACGUUGGCAAGAAGAAGCAGGGGAGACGAGAUGGCUGUGACGCACGUUGUUGGCGGCAAUGAAGGGCAGAGGGUGAUUGAGGCUCGCCGGCAGAAGUUCAAGGUCGUGGAUCCAUCUUGGGUCAUUGAAAGUAUUAUAAAUGAUAAGCCACUGAAAGAAGAUUUGUUUCCAUUACGAGGGGAGGCAUACGCAUCCUAUGAAGGAAGAACGGACGACUUGUGGCCAAGAGUAACCAAAGCUCGUCUGGCUCCUCAAGAUGUGGAUGAUUUCUCUGACCUUAUAGUGGAGGAACUGCAUGUGGACCGCGGCGGCAACGUCCCGACUUGUAGUCGGGGCACGGCAAGGUCUGGCGUCGAAAACUGUGGAGUACCUGAAGUUAGCUUUAAAACAUCAACUCCAGUGUCUUUGGUGCCGAAGCGAUUGCGCAGUGCUCCCGACCGAACGUUGGAUUUGAAAAAAAUGUUCAAGCCCCGUUUCAAAGGGCUGACUCAGGCGGUUGAGGACAUACCUUCACCAUCUACGUCGGACGCAAAUGACGAAAGCGUCACUGAGUCAAUGGUUGGUCGUAUACUGAAGGAAGCUGUGACUAAGACAGGUGCACUGAAACAUCAUGCCAAAAGUGUGCUCAAUCCCAGCUCCUCCAAUUUGACCCCAAAAUAUGCCAUUAAGUCUAGCAAUACCAAAACACUUGGGCCGAAACAUAGUCCGCGAAAACCUUCGCAGAGUCAAAAGCAAGUUGUGGUUGUGGACAAUGCAACAACAUCAGCGACUUUGGAGAAUGACAAAUGUUCCGAAAAUAACAUGAUGGCGCUGAGGGCUCGAAUGACUGAACGAUUAGAGCAAAGAAAUAGGGAGAUAGCUAAUCAGCUGGUUGGAAAUAAAGCAGUCUCCGCUUUAUUGGGGUCACCUCAACAUACUGAAGCUGAAGCUUCGUCUGCUGGACGUCGAAAACGUCCUCAAGCCAUCAGCAGCGCUGGACCGUCAGCGAAGAAAACGUCACAGCCACAUUCGGAAAUGGCACCACCGCCAAAUGAAACAGUUCAACCAUUGAUAGAGUGGCAACCAGCUAUGCCGACGAGUCUAUCUUCUAGCAGUCUGCUUGGUAUGGAUGGACCACUGAGUUCUACACGUCCGCCGGUAACGCCAACGACAACGAAUGCGGAAUUACACCGACGGCUGCUGCCAGCACGAAAAUCCUCGGAAAAUCACUGCAGGUUGUAUGAAGACGAGCUCCCACAAACAAAUCCAAACCUGGCGCCUACUGAUCUUCAAAAAACACCUGCACCCGCUGAAAAUCGCCCAGUUCACACCGCUACUACUUCAGUGCAAAAAUAUAAUUCGGCUCCAUUGAAUGUCCAGACGUCUACAGCGAGAGAAAAUUUCGCUGGUGAUGGCCAAUUAAAUCAUCGCAGUGCUCCUGAGCCAGUUUUACGGACUCCCGUUGCUGCUUCAACAGUAAUAGGAGCGUAUAACGCGACAACAAAGCAACCUGUAAUGAAACUGCCAACGAUAAAACAGGAACGAAUAUCAUUUGAAUUCACUGCAACCGUUCGUCGCUUCAUCUUUACGUCGAUUGUUUCGCAUGAAAAGUUACGGUUAUCGAAUAUCAUCACUCGCUUGGGAGGCAUAGCUGAUUCCGGAGAGCUGAAUGAUGACUGCACUCAUCUGAUUUGUGGGAAACUGAUUCGUGGAUCGAAGCUCAUGGGAUGUAUAGCAAGUGGCCGAUGGGUUCUUGGCGCAGACUAUGUGGACAAAAGUUUGGCGGCUGGGAAAUGGUUACCGGAAGCCGAUUUCGAAUUUGGAGACCCAACUCGAUUAGCAGAGACGAGUUUGCCGGAAAGAGAGCUGAAUCUGGCGAAAGCAUGCAGACGAUGGCGUCUCAAAUUAGAGAACCACGACCGCUCUAAGCGAAUAGGCGCAUUUCAAGGAUGGCGAUGCGUUUUGUACUGUUCCGAUGAGAAAGCAGCGGGGCUCAUUCCAAUGUUGAAAGCAGGAGGAGCCGAAGUGGCUGUGAGAAGGCAAGGCGAGGGAGCACCACUUGUCUUUCGACCAACCCAUGCAGUGGUUUGUAAUAGCAGUAUGUGGAAUAUGGAGGAACUAAAUAUGCUGGUAAACGUUGGUGCAAAAACUUUCCCCUUGGAGUACAUUUCCAAGUUUUUGAUAGAAGAGCACGUGGACGAAGCUGCAUGUUAUCAUCCCGACUACAAAAGAAUUUUACAAUGUCGACAAUGA